AUGCACAGCGGACAAGCAUGCGUUGAUGAUAAGAAUCGUAUUUCCGACAGUUCACAGUCUUAUCCACAUGAGAGCAGCAGACCUGCGCCUCUUGCAACUCUGUCAACUCAAAAUAAUCCCAGUAUCCCCAUCUACCGACUGUCUCCUCUCCAAACUUAUCUUCCUCUUCCGAGGCCAGAAACAUCUGAAAUGGGCUUCCAAUACUUUUUGGUUAAGCAGCCUGGGCCUACCUCAGUUGCUACCUUCUUGAACAGUGAAAAGUCUACUUUUGAAACUUCAACUCCCAUUAGAGGUGAUGUCUCUACACCAAAAGACGCUUGCCUUCCCGGAUGCUCCGCUUCUCCGACUUCAUCCGAAGACUCCGCCUCUGGCAUACCCUUGCUAUGCAAUGACUUUAUUCUGUUGACCCCACCUGAAACCCAUUUUAAAACAUGUUACCCCCUGAUUCCGCUAGACACCGCCUUUAAGUCUAAUACUUGCUUGGAAGUCUCACGAACGCCCGUGACCUCGACCAGUCAGACUCCUAUAAUCGGUCGACCACCUUCUCUAGACGAAAUAUCCUGUUCUCUGCCUUACGUUCCCAACUCCCUUUCUGAAUCUGCCCUCGAACAAGUUUGGGAGGAGAAAUCGCCUAAUAAAUGUUGCUGUUACAAAGUUGUACAGACUUCAGAUUUAGCAAUUACCCAACCAGAAAAUGACUCCAGUAGAUCAUGCUUAUUUCCAAAACCGACCUCCAUUUAUGAAAAUGCAUCGUUAGACUUCUCUUCAGCCUACGCUAAUACUGUCCCUUCAUUCCAGCAGCAAUAUAGCCUACAAGACUUCGCUCCGCAUGAAGCUAUCUUUCAUGAAGGUGGACAACUUUUAGAUGGGUCUAAGCAAUUGUCUCCGCAGGACUGGCUGAGUGCCGAGUUUGGAAUAGACCUGAGCGCCUCACCUCUUUAUUGGCAGCAGAAGUUACAGUCGAACAAGCAGUCAAACGACCCUCCAAAUGACCAGAAUUUGUGCUGUCGACAGUACGGCUUUCUUCAGAGUCAAAAGUCUCAACCACCCGCUCGUGUAUUUCAGCCCGGAUAUGUUUUAUACUGCUCAUUACACCAACAGCAGAGACAGUCAUUGUCUGAGGAUACUCAUCUAUUAGUUGACCACAAUCUUUGCGACCGACUGCAAAAAGACGAGGCAGUAUGGAAUCAGAGGUAG